AUGGCGGUCGAGGGCAAGGCAUCAGGUGAGGAUUCGCCCGCUCGUUGGCAGCACAACGAUCGUCUCUUGACGCGCACGGGACCCUUGGCUGUGCCGGGGUUUGAGCCCAUCCCAGAACUACGUGACUUUUUGAUGAACGACUGCCGAGUCCUGGUGAUUGGUGCAGGUGGCCUGGGCUGUGAGCUUCUCAAAGACUUGGCACUGUGCGGGUUUCGCCGCAUCGACGUCAUUGACAUGGACACCAUUGAUGUGUCCAACCUGAACCGCCAGUUCCUCUUCCGUCCCAAGGACGUGGGUCGUGACAAAGCGACCGUGGCCGCCGAGUUUAUCAACCGGCGCAUUCCCGGCUGCCAAGUGACACCUCACUUUAAUCGCAUUGAAGACCAUGACCCUGACUUUUAUCGACAGUUUCAGCUGGUGGUCUGCGGUCUUGAUUCGGUGGCUGCACGGCGCUGGAUCAACAAUAUGCUGUUGAGCUUGCUCCAGUAUGACGACGAAGGUCAGCUCCUCGAGCAUACCAUCAUUCCGUUGAUCGAUGGCGGCACCGAGGGCUUCAAGGGCAAUGCCCGUGUCAUUAUUCCAGGCAAAACAGCUUGCGUGGAAUGCAUGCUGGAUCUUUUCCCCCCGCAGGUCAACUUUCCCAUGUGCACGAUUGCCAACACCCCACGCUUGCCAGAGCACUGCAUCGAGUAUGCCAAGAUUGUGCAAUGGCCCAAGGAGCGGCCCAACGAUAAGUUGGAUGGUGAUGACCCAGAGCACAUUCGUUGGCUACACGAUAAGGCAGCAGAGCGUGCCGGUCAGUUUGGGAUCACUGGUGUCAACUACAGUUUGACGCAGGGUGUAGUCAAGCGCAUCAUCCCCAAUGUCGCUUCUACCAGCGCGGUCAUUGCUGCAGCCUGUGCCAAUGAAGCGUUCAAGCUGGCGUCAAGCUGUGCUCCAACCUUGAACAACUAUGUGGUGUUCAACGACACCUAUGGCGUUUACACCCACACAUUUGAGUACGAGCGCAAGCCGGAAUGCCUGGCCUGCAGUCGUGCCCCACGCAACAUUAACGUGGAGCCCCAUCAAACGUUGACCAUGUUGCUGGAUGAGUUGACCACGAGAGCCGACUUUCAAUUUCGUGGACCGGGCUUGACCACCUCGAUGGGUGAAAAGAACAAAACCCUCUACAUGACUCGGCCGCCUGCAUUGGAAGAGGCAACCCGGCCCAAUCUGGACAAGACGUUGCAGGAGUUGGGCUUGGUAGACGGACAAAUCGUCAACGUGACCGAUCCAACAUCGCCCAUACCGCUGCGCCUGCGACUGCGCAUGCCAACGGCAGCCAUGGACACGGAGUAAAACAGCUAACAUCAUGGGCCGGUUGUGGGCCACAAUGCAAGGCCAAAGGUGAAAAAAAAAAUUCAAGAAAAUC